CUUGUGCCUUGUAAGAAUCAGAAAUGGCUUCAUGGGGUGCAGGAAGCUCAUGUGAGCUGCCAGUCACUGAUUGAGUUCUGCCUCCAACCAACCUCGGGAUGAAGGCUGCCGGCAUCUUGGCCCUGAUUGGCUGCCUGGUCAUGGUCACUGAGCCCAAAGUCUACACUCGCUGUAAACUGGCAAAAAUAUUUUCGAGGGCUGGCCUGGACAAUUACCAGGGCUUUAGCCUUGGAAACUGGAUCUGCAUGGCAUACUAUGAGAGCCACUACAAUACGACGGCUCAGACCGAGCUGGAGGAUGGAAGCAUCGACUAUGGCAUUUUUCAGAUAAACAGUUUCACGUGGUGCCGGCGUGCUAAGCUACAAGAGAAGAACCACUGUCGCGUCGCCUGCUCAGCCUUGAUCACGGAUGACCUCACAGACGCAAUUAUCUGUGCCAAGAAAAUUGCUAAAGAGACAGAAGGGAUGAAUUAUUGGCAAGGCUGGAAGAAACACUGCAAGGGCAAAGACCUGUCUGAGUGGAAAAAGGGAUGUGAGGUUUCAUGAAUUGGAACUGGACCCAGGAUGCU